AUGGCCGGAUACUUUGAACAAUUCGUUGCCUUUGGCACCGACAUCGUCGGUCUCGAGCGCCUCAUGCGCUUCGUCCAAUCCAUAUUUUCCAUCCUCACAUUCUAUCCAGCUCUGAUUCCCAUGCUCCUGUCUAAUCAACCGCCUACCAUCCACAAAUCCAGUGAGCUGGCCAUGCUCGAACUCUCAGGCCACCUCAACAUGACACGCCGUGCCAUCCGGCUCUUCUGGUGCCUCGGAAGCUUUCAAUCCGGCUGGAACGCCUACUUGGCUCCCGAGAAGGGCAUCGAGACAUGGCUCUCCAUCCUGGCAGAUACUCUCUUCGGCCUCUUCGGCUUCACGGAGUCAAUCACCCUUCCCGAUCUUCUGCAUGUGAAGCACCUAUCCAUCUUUGGGUUCGACGAAGCCGUGAGAAUUGAUGGCCAGUCCCAAGGUCUGUGGCUCGCAGCGCUGGUUUGCUCGGCAUUGGGUUCAGGUAUCAGUAUCUUCCGUGCUUAUGCCCAUCGCGCUGUUCCCGAGACGGGAAGUGGCUUUGGCGCUGGCGAGGAUGAGAAGUCUGUCAAGGGCGGCGAGAAGAAGGCCAUGGCUGCCGCUGAGAAGCGGAAACAGGAGAGGGAGGCAGCAGCCAAAGAGGCGAGCCGUAAGAUGUCAGGGCUUACGAGAAAGUUUCUUGCUGAGGUGUUGGAUAUUGUUAUUCCUGCUUGGAGUUCGGGACUGGCGGAUAUCGAUCUGGGCACCGUGUCGAUUGCCAUGUUCUUCAGUACGGUUUUGACGGGCUAUGCGGUUUGGGAGAGAUGUGGUCAGGAAAUUAAUAGUCGACGUGCUUGA